AUGGGAAGAUCUCAAAAGACAUACAUCGAUAGCAUAUCAGCCAGCCGACCAUCCUACCCGCCAAAGCGUACGGCAAUGAUUUUAAAUGUUAAGAAUGGUUAUAUCGACUUUACAAAGUCUACGUACGUUAACGAUGAGCUUUCUGUACCAUUCAGACUAGCUCGCUGGCCAAAAACACCUUUCAAAAGCACCUCUUUUGCAUCAUCAAUCCUGUGCUCAAAUUGCAUAGAAAUGAAUAAACUCAGGCCACACCAUACCGCCCCAUUUCCAUGUAUCCUUUCGACUGAUUCACAGUUCACAUCAUGCGCUCUUUGCAUAAUGAAUGGCGAAAAAGAUGGAUGCUUGACCAAAGUGCAAAGAGAACUUGCUAUACGGAAAUACGAGUCAACAUCAAAAUCUUCUACAGCAUCUUCAUCAAUUAUGACUCCGACUCCCGUGAAUGGGAGUGAAGAAAAGAAAAGAGCUCAGGACGAAGAAGAACCAACCAGAGAAGAGCAAGCAGCAGAAAUAUGUCAUCCAAAAGUAAACAACAAACGUAAAAGGCAAAACGAAUCGAUUGAAAAAGGUCGAAAAGCCAGCUUUCCAGAUCAAUUUGUUCUAUGUGACGUUCAAGGUCAAGACGAUAGAGGCAAAAGGCAAAAGUUGGGCACAGAGGGAAUAAACGAAGCUGCUGAAUGUGAAGCUGCUGAAUGUGACAAAGACCUACAAGCUGACCUUCCUUCUACCGAAGACUUGAUCAAGAUUAAACUAGAGCAUGCUGAGAUAGAGUCGGAAGCUUCAGAAUCGGUCGAACCAAUACAGGAUGCUGGUCAGACCGAACAGCAAUCUUGCCCUAAACCGAUUGAUAACACUGAGGAUAAGAAUGAACCGACUAAGUUUGACAUACCGCCUUUAAGUGACCGUACUUGCCUAAGAGAAGUGCUUGCGAGCUACGCCAUAAAAGUAUAUGACCUAGAGAAGAGGCUGGAACGUUCAGAAGAGGAAAGGCAAAAGCUUGAAAAUCAGUUUCAUUCUACUUUACACGAAUUUCAACUGGCGAAAACAAAUAUUAAAAAUGCUAACUCAGCAUUUGCAACUCCGACAAAUCACGUACCCGAAAUGAUCAGUGAUCCGAUACCUACAAGGCAGAAAAGUCCGAAGGUGCGAUUUGUUGAUGGCAGUUAA